GGUCUUCUCGUGAAUGAGCGAGAAACCUCCUCCUCCUCCUCCUCCUUCCCUUUCCCCGACCACUAUAAAUCCUAACCCUCCCCUCCCUCUCCUCUCCCACAUUCGACCUCGCCGGAACCCUAAUAAUGUCGACGUCUGAGGCCCCGGCGGAGGCUGCGGAGGAGGUGGCGGCGCCGCGGUGGAGGGGGUUGGAGGGGAAGGUGGUGAUGGUGACGGGAGCCUCCUCGGGUAUCGGCCGCGAGUUCUGCGUCGACCUCGCGCGCGCGGGGUGUAGGAUCGUGGCCGCGGCGCGGAGGAGGGAUCGGCUGAGAUCGCUCUGCGAGGAGAUCAACGGCUCGGGGGAUCGGGCGGUCUCGGCCGUCCGAUCGGUGGCCGUGGAGCUCGACGUGAGCGCGGAGGAACCGGGGAUCGAAGCUUCGGUGGAGAGGGCGUGGAAUGCGUUCGGGAGGAUCGAUGCUUUGGUGAACAACGCUGGGAUCAGAGGUGAAGUUCAUUCAACACUGGAUCUGUCUGUGGAUGAAUGGAACAGUUUAAUGAGAACAAAUCUAACUGGAUUAUGGCUUGUAACCAAGCACGUGUGCCGGCGCAUGCAAGAUGCAAAGCUCAGAGGAUCAGUGAUCAAUAUCUCGUCUAUCGUUGGCCUUAAUCGUGGACAAUUGCCUGGAGGAAUUGCAUAUACUGGAUCAAAAACAGGCGUAAAUUCCAUUUCUAAGGUGAUGGCCUUGGAGCUAGGAGCAUAUAACAUCAGGGUUAACUCGGUAGCACCUGGGUUGUUUAAAUCUGAGAUAACCGCUGGUCUAAUGGAAAGACGAUGGCUCAACACUGUGACCGAAAGAACUGUUCCAUUAAGAAUGCUCGGCACGUCCAAUCCGGCACUGACCUCUCUGAUCCGUUAUCUGAUUCACGACUCCUCAGAUUAUGUGACAGGAAACACUUUUGUUGUCGAUGCGGGUGCCACGCUACCAGAGUCCAAUUAGUGCACAGAAGGAAAACCACAGGAGCAUGAUUGGGGAGAAGGAGAAGCUGACUUUGCUCGUGCCGAAUCUUUGGAAGAGGAAGAGGAGGAACAGAAUUACCACCGAUAGGAGGACGACGUGAUCUGGAACAAUAAAGAGUUGGUGUACUGUUAGUCGAGAAUCGAUCUGUUUACAAAAAGCCCUUGGCAAACUGAAGAAUUCAAAUUAAACAGUGCUUAACUUUGCGUUAUCUUUGUGGAUCUCGACUGGAUUCCUUGAACAGCAGAGAGAACUGUCGAAAGGAAAGAGAGAGUAUCGACUUAGAUUCUUUUCUUUGAACUUAGAGUAAUACCUACGAAAACAUAUACAUGUAUCUGUAUACACAUGGAAGCUUACUUUUGCAAAACCGCAAAAAGAAAACAUUCUUUUGCUAACUGUAUGUAAUUGUUAAACUCAAUCUAUGUGACAAAUGCCUUCCAAGCCACAA